GGUCUCUCUGAGCCGAGGUUAGAUUGAACUGAAUAUUAUCUCGCCUGUCUGUCCUCUUGCCGUUAAAAUAUUCCGUCGGAGAACAGGUGCGUGCCAAGUGAAUGUAACGCAGAGCCGUCAAUACGCAUGGGGCAAAAAUAAUGGAGACGGCUCGUAUUCGUCCUGCAGCUCAACCGGAGACGCACAGGUACCGACAGAGACAGCCUUUACCCUAUCACGCUGGUUUGUGGACUACUCUGUAUUGAGAUGGACCGGAACUUAGGUGUCGUACCGAGACGUUGCGCGGUCGAUGCACAAUUCAUUCAGUUAUUGCACUGAUUUUCACAUUUGGGGAUGCUGUGUGCGCUCAACACGUUGCCUGAACGCGAGGCUGGGACAGGUUACCGGUUCACUCCAUCCGUCAUGUAGGAUGACGCCUCUUGGUCAAACCUGCUCGGACUCCUCCCUGUUUCCACUCACAAUCUCCGGACUUCAGAUGCUUCAUCAGCAGACCGUGCACUCCUGAGCGCUCCCUGCUUCCCCCUCCCCACCCCCGUUUGGCCGGGCUGCUGACAUCCUGAGGAGGUGAUGCGACGGUUCGUCUACUGCAAGGUGGUUCUGACCACCUCUUUAGUUUGGGUGCUGGUGGACGUGUUCCUGCUGCUCUACUUCAGCGAGUGUAACAAAUGUGACGAUAGGAAGGACCGCUCAUUGCUCCCUGCCCUCCGAGCUGUUAUUUCCCGGAGCCAUGAGGGUCCAGGCGAAAUGGGAAAGGCAGUGAACGUCCCCAAAGAUGACCAGGAGAAAAUGAAGGAGCUCUUCAAGAUUAACCAGUUCAAUCUGAUGGCCAGCGACAUGAUUGCCCUGAACAGGAGUCUUCCAGAUGUGAGGCUGGAUGGCUGUAAGACCAAGGUGUACCCAGACGACCUACCAAACACCAGCAUUGUGAUCGUGUUUCACAAUGAGGCAUGGAGCACGCUGCUGCGGACCGUUCACAGCGUCAUUAACCGCUCACCCAGACACCUGCUGGUUGAAAUCAUACUAGUCGACGAUGCCAGCGAGCGAGACUUCCUGAAGAAGAAGCUGGAGAACUACGCACGCACCUUGGAGGUUCCAGUCAGGAUCUUGAGGAUGGAGCAGCGUUCAGGUCUAAUCAGAGCCAGAUUGAGGGGGGCGGCCGCCACCAAAGGUCGGGUCAUCACCUUCCUGGACGCCCACUGCGAGUGCACCGUCGGCUGGCUGGAGCCCCUGCUGGCCCGCAUCAAAGAGGACAGGACAGCGGUGGUGUGCCCUAUUAUUGACGUCAUCAGCGAUGAGACGUUUGAGUACAUGGCAGGAUCAGAUAUGACCUACGGUGGAUUCAACUGGAAGCUGAACUUCCGCUGGUACCCUGUUCCUCAGCGGGAGAUGGAUCGACGCAAGGGGGACAGAACGCUCCCCGUCAGGACCCCCACCAUGGCAGGAGGGUUAUUCUCAAUAGACAAGUCGUACUUUGAAGAAAUAGGAAGCUAUGAUCCAGGGAUGGAUAUCUGGGGCGGAGAGAACUUGGAAAUGUCUUUCAGAAUCUGGCAGUGUGGUGGCUCUCUGGAAAUCAUCACAUGUUCCCAUGUGGGCCAUGUUUUCCGGAAGGCCACCCCGUACAGCUUCCCCGGAGGAACUGGCCAAGUCAUCAACAAGAACAACAGGCGCUUGGCUGAAGUGUGGAUGGAUGACUUCAAAGAUUUCUUCUACAUCAUCUCACCAGGUGUGAUGCGUGUGGACUACGGUGACGUUUCUUCCCGUAAAGCUCUCCGCGAGGCCUUGAAGUGCAAACCCUUCUCCUGGUAUCUAGAGAAGAUCUACCCAGACUCCCAGAUCCCCAGAAGAUACUACUCACUUGGUGAAAUCAGAAAUGUUGAGACUAACCAGUGUGUGGACAAUAUGGGAAGAAAGGAGAACGAGAAAGUGGGCUUUUUCAACUGCCACGGCAUGGGAGGAAACCAGGUGUUCUCAUACACAGCUGAUAAAGAAAUUAGGACAGAUGACCUUUGCCUGGACGUCUCCCGUCUCAAUGGGCCGGUCGUCAUGCUCAAGUGUCACCACAUGAAGGGCAAUCAGAUGUUCGAGUACGAUGCCGAGCGACUCACCCUGCUGCACGUGAACAGCAACCAGUGUUUGGACAUGCCAUCUGAGGAGGACAAGAUGGUCCCUACUCUGAGAGACUGCAACGGCAGCCGCUCUCAGCAGUGGCUGCUCCGUAACAUGACCCUGAGCGUCUGAUCCGUCACCUCGCCUCUUCCCCUCGCAGCUCCGUCCUCAUCCUAAUCAGUCCUGUCUCUCCCCAGCUUCACCUGGUGGCUCUUACCACGCACUUCAUACACUUCUUCCUGAAAUAGUGUAUACAGAGAUCCAGGCAGCAGCGGCUUCUUUUCUGUUAAGGAGGCGACGGCACCUGCCUUUCAGUCAACAGGAUGAUCUGUAGCUCUGGGGACGCCUUCGUGUGGAGACAGUGGGAGCGAUGUGUGAGGUGUGUGCAUGGAGAACACUGAUAUCAAAGCACUCACACUGUGUCGGACAGCUGCUAGCUGUGAAUUCACUGUGCUGCUCAGACUGCUGCUUCACUGAUGGACAAACAAACACAAGAGCAUUUCAACCAAGAAAAUAUUUUAAAAAAAGGAUUUUCCAAGGCACAUCUACAGUGCACAGUGAUCUGUGCUGUAAAUGACCUUUCCUGUGCUCUGUACAUGCAGCCCUCUGGUGUUGAGGUUUAAUCUACAAACAAGACGUCUUUUAUAGCAAAGCACUGCAUAUCAUUUUUCCAUCAAAUUAAAUAAUCUAACAUGUAUGUAUGAUCAGGCUGAUAAAAAAAUAAAUACUAUAUCAAACAUGGCAUUGAUAAGGAUCCCAUAAAUGUGGUUAUCAAGGAAUUGCAACUAAAAUACAUGCUGAGCCAGACAAACUUAUCAGGAUGAAGCAGUUUUUCCAAAUGAACCCAAACAUGUCUUUGGCUUAGAGUCAUUAUCAGUGAUUUCAUUCACAUGCACAAAAUAUUCUUUUUUUUUUUUGUCCUUAUUCUGUAAAAGACAAUGUUGGUAAUAAGCUCGUUAGGAAAAAUGAAUAUUCCGCUGCCAUUCCUGUUCACGUGCAGCGAUGCAUAUUCUGAUUAAACCCAGGUUUUUCUACUGGUGGCAGAUGUUCCACUGUGUGAACACAGCGUCUUUUGUUUCUGCAAAACCCCACUUUGAAAAGGUCAUCGUUUUAAUAUUUGCUCAUAUCCAAAAACCUGAUGAUAUCCUCUUUCGUAAAGCUUAAAUGUAGGUGUGUUUCUCCCUCAGACUGGAAACUCAACUUUACUUUGGAGCAUCCAUAUCUACCAGAGAGGAUCUUUGUCUACACACCGAGACACAUUUUCUGUAUGUGUUGUAUCUGUGUGCAAAGAAUCUCCAUGAAAGCGGAAACAACAUCAGCAUAUUCCACAUCUUAGUUGAAAAAUAUUCCAUUUGGGUAAAGGCCUAAUUCAGAAUAUCCAAAUGGAAUAUGCUGUUUACACAACACCUGAUAAAUUCAGACAAUUGCCACAUUUGGAGUAAUAGUGGAAUAUUAAUGUGCAUGUAAAUGUAGAUUGAAUUCUUUAUUAAACUACAAAGGAGCCAAACUGAGAUGAUUGCAGAUUGAUCGCUUUAACCUCAUUAAAUGUUUUGGCUUCAAAACCAUGAGGCAGCUCUCUAGAUCGACAAAGUAUGUUUGUUUCUGUGUAUAUAAGUCCUUAACUGUCUGAAAGGAACCAAACAAGCAGCAGGUGAUCACGUCUGUGCUCUGAGAAGACAUGAUUUGCAUUGAAUGUAACGGUUUGUCCUACAUUAAAAUGACUGUACAUUGAAAAUAGCCUAAAUGCACUGUGUUACGAUGAAGACUAUCUGAGAGCUUCGUUACUACAAAUAUACAUUUGCUUCAUCAGAUUCCUUACCCAGUUCUUUUUAAUACUCUGAGAAAUGACGUCUUGGAGCCAAAUAGGUGCGUGUGCCUUUAGGAUGUUGUUUAUUGUUUGUAUUUGGUUUAUUGGUUUUAGAUUAGUUAAUUACUUUGUUGUUUAUAAGAAUGUUAAGUCUGUUUUCAUUAAAAAAAAAACUUGAUAUGUACUGUAAGUAAUCAUCAUAUCUCAUAAACAAGUCACCGCCAUGUUAAUGCUUGAUUAACAUUGAGUUAUCUAAUAGAUCCGUGAGUCAGUAUUCAGUAUAUCACUGUUCACUCAUCUUCUGUGCAGACGACAGGUACUUUCCACUACACUGUUGACCUCAAACAGGCGACUGAUGUUGUUGUACAUAAUGCUGUUGAAAAUGUUUCUAUCACUGGUGUUGUUAUAUAUACAGAACCAAUUAUUUUUCUAAGAUGCUGUAAAACUUGAACACUCCUCAGAGAAAAAGACGUUGAAUGGUAAACAGAUCACGAGGUAUUGUAGUGUUAUGUUUGGCAUCGUGGUAAUAAAAACCAGUGCUUACCUUGGGUUUUGAAA